AAGAGUUUGUCGCCAUUAGCAACCAGAGACGCUUGGUUACCCUCACGUUUGGUUAACUUUUUAGCUACAGCGGGAGAUCGAAAACAAUAUUUAAAGAUUUAGAAACUCAUAAAGCUUUUUUUAAAUAGUAAAAGAAGCAGAAGAAAAAAUGGACUUCAACUCCCUGCCGUACUCUCUGGAAUUCGUUGCCGGCAGCGGAUGCAUUUUAACCCUUGAGGAAAGAACAGCUCUGCAGACAUCUUUGGUCAUUGUCAAAACGAACUACAAGUUCCAGCGAAUUUUGUUUUGGGGCAAAAUCCUGGGACUACAACAUGACUACUUUGUCGCUCAGGGGAGAGGGGAGGAUGAAAUGACAGACAGAAAAAGUCUGUACAGCCUGAACUGCGUGGACUGGCUCCUGCUCCCUUCUGUCACAGAUGCUAUGGUGGAGGAAGUGUCCAAAGCGGCACAGGGCCGCUUCAAAGGAAACCCUUCCUUUGUGUAUGAGCACAAGGUCAGCCAACAGGAGGGAAAGGAGCAGGAAAAAGUGUUCAGUGUGACUGAGGAGAAGAGGCUGGCUGUGACAGUGCACCACAUCGAUGAAGAAGCAUCUGUGGUUCCUCGAGGAGCUUUCAUCCAGAGUUUAAGGGGUCUCGUCCAGACAAACCGCAGCUUUGGUGGACUUUCUGAAUCAGAAGCAAGGAGGCUGGAAAAUUUCAUGCAUUUCAGAAAACCCAAGACUCUUCAAAAGAAACCCAUCCCCGUGAAAGCGGAGUGGGCCCCAGCUAUUGAUUUUCUGGACGUCCUGAGCGAGGACAUUCCAAAAGGAUCAUGGAGUCUCCAGUUUGAGUGUGCCAGGCGUGUGUGUGUGCUGCGCAGCCUCCUGUGGCUCGGUCUGACAUUCUACCAUGUGCCAAUGACACCACAGCACGGAUACAUUUAUGUGGGCCUUGGAAUGAAAAAUCUCGAUCUUCCAUUCAUGCUGUGAGACGGACAUCCUAUACUUCCUUGAAGUUGUUUUGUUUGAAAAGUGUUGCUGUUUUCUCCAGUUUAAUGGCAAACGUCUUUCAUGUAAAAACCGAUUCUCAGACAGAAAAGCUAAUAUUUUAUUAAAGCAUUUGUGAUGCCUUGAGUUUACAGUCA